GCGGAGGGGCGGGAGGCGCCGCGCCGCUCCCGGUUCUGCUCGAUCGGGUGACCGGCCGGAGCCGCCGGGGGCGCGGGCGGCCCAGCCCUGAUGUUCUGACGAGAGUCACACUGUUUCCCGCCCACCGUGGAGCUGGCCUGAACACUGGGGACGUCAGCUUUCCCAGGAAAAUCCAGAUCCCAGCCCCACCAGAAGCUGAAGCAAUGGCCUCAAAGCCUGAGAAGAGGGUCGCCUCGUCUGUCUUUAUCACCCUGGCACCUCCACGUCGAGAUGAGGCUGUGGUUGAGGAGGUGAGGCGGGCAGCUUGUGAGGCCCGGCCUGGCUGCCCCCGGGAAUCUCCUGUCCCCACGAAGGCAUCCGGGGCUGGCUCUGCGGGGAGGCUCCGCUCCUGGACACCCCCCAGCAGGGCUGCAGCCCCGGUGCCAGCUGUUCCACCUCAGCUCCCCAGUGGAGGAUGUUCGCUUCCUCCUCCUCCCCUGGAUGGCGAGGACGCACUCCCCGACCUGGACCUCCUCCCACCUCCGCCGCCGCCCCCUCCAGUGUACCUGCCUCCUGACGAGGAGCCCCCUGCCCCGAUGGGGGCGUCACUCAUUUCAGACUUAGAGCAGCUGCCCCCACCCCCGCCGCAGCCCCUCGUGGAGGGGCCUCCACUGCAGCCUCGGCCCAGUCAUCUCAGACCCACAGAAGAGGAGCUGCCGCCUCCCCCAGAGGAGCCUGUCGGCUUCCCCGAGAGAGAGGCCUCCACAGACGUCUGUGCCUUCUGCCACAAGACCGUGUCCCCUCGAGAGCUGGCUGUGGAGGCCAUGAAGAGGCAGUACCAUGCCCAGUGCUUCACGUGCCGUAUCUGCCGCCGCCAGCUGGCCGGACAGAGCUUCUACCAGAAGGAUGGGCGGCCCCUCUGUGAACCCUGCUACCAGGACACCCUGGAGAAGUGUGGCAGGUGUGGCGAGGUGGUCCGGGAGCACAUCAUCAGGGCCUUGGGCCAGGCCUUCCACCCCACCUGCUUCACGUGUGUGACCUGCGCCCGGUGCAUCGGGGAUGAGAGCUUUGCCCUGGACAGUCAGAAUGAGGUGUACUGCCUGGACGAUUUCUACAGGAAAUUCGCCCCUGUGUGCAGCAUCUGUGAGAAUCCCAUCAUCCCCCGAGACGGGAAGGAUGCCUUCAAAAUCGAGUGCAUGGGAAGAAACUUCCAUGAGAAUUGCUACAGGUGUGAGGACUGCAGGAUCCUCCUGUCUGUGGAGCCCACGGACCAAGGCUGCUACCCUCUGAACAACCGUCUCUUCUGCAAGCCGUGCCACGUGAAGCGGAGUGCUGCGGGGUGCUGCUGAGGGCACCCGUGGGCUGAGGGCCGUGGUCGCACACUAGCCCCACUUGGGGUCCCUCCCCAACUUGUUUCCCUUCCUGACCUGGUCUUGCACACUUUCCUUCCGAGCCACACAGGGACCAGCCUGCAGGCCUGCCCCUCGUGUCCGGGACCCAGGCCUCCUCCCAGCUCAGAGCGCCCUUUAGACUCUCAGCUGUUCCUUCUCUCCUCUGGGCACCGGGAGGCUUCCUUACCAUGAGUGUCAUGCCUGGGGGUCCCAUCUCUACGACUCUGGCCCCCCUUGAGCACUGGCCUUGACCUCCGUUUCCAGGGGUGAGUUGGGGUGAGUCUCUAGAUGGCACCCUGUGUCCCUAGCAGUGACACAUUAGCUCUGGGGGUGGCUGAGACCAGCUCUGCCUUGCAGGACUGAACUAUUUCAGGAAAACUGCCAAGUCCCUUAAAAAGCACUAUUUUUAAAAUUUGAAGUUUAAGUGAUGAGAAACAUUCUUCGGAUUUUUUUGGAGGGGAGGUGGGAAUCUUAAAAGAAAAUGCCUUCCAUUGUUCAUAAAUGUACAAGAUUGUGACCUGCUGGUGGCAUGGCCAUGGACUUCCCACACUGGGGAGAUGUCAUGCUGACAUGGGACCCAGGCAUGAACCUGAACAGCAGAGGCAGGAGCAAAGGAUGACACGCUGACACCCAAGGAAGUCAGCAACCCCUGCACCCUGGCUUCCAGCGCCUCCUGUGUGCAACAGUGAUUCAACACACGUGGAUUGAGUGCCUGUUGUAUGCUGGGUAGUAGAGUACAGGAGCUCUGAGUGUUCCUCCUGCAGCAGCCUCGACUACGGCCGUGCACACACGCACGCACUCACACACACACACACUCCUCCAGGACAGUAACGGGUGUCCCCCAACCCCUACUCGGGCCCUCCAGCCCAGGCUGCCCUGUGACCACUGCCUUCUCAAGUCCACACCUAGAAGAUUCUUUUUCUCUUUUAAGGAAAAUCGUUUUUGUUGCUUUGUAACUUCUAAGACAUCUUGUAGAACAUGAACACAUUAAACAAGAUGCGCUUUCCUCCCUGGGGUUGUCUCGAUGUACCAUGUGCUCCUAGGAGGAUGCCCUGGGCUCCAAGUACCAGGAGAGUUUCUCUGUAGGGCCCCUUAAGGGCUUCAAACCAGAGCACAGCUUCUUGCCCGAAGCUUAGAGCAGCAAGUCGCAAACUCCAGGCCUUCCCAUACCUCCACAAUUUCUAUCAUACAAGGACCUCCUAUUCUAUUAUCUCCUUAAUAUUUUCUUUAACUCAGCAUCCUUUUUUUUUUUUUUUUUUUAACUCACCGAUUUAGUCUUAGGUUAACUAAGCAAUAUAUCCGUGCAGUCACAUGAUGUGCUAGUUAUACAUGAAAAUAAAUGCAUAACUAUUCGAA